AUCCAUGGAUGCGUCAACACAAUAACGUUCUCCCAAAGCCACGACCUGUUUUGCAAAAGGCUUUAAUUAACCCCUGUCUAGUUCACACAGCCUUGUAUCGCAAGCAAUGUGGGGAGCUGCGUGUCAAGACGGUCUGGUCAUGUCGGUGUCAUCUCUCCUGAUCGCGUUCGUGUUCCAGCCCCUGGCCAAGAACGCCAUUCUCACUGGCCGUAGCAUCCUCGACCUCCUCGGGCGCAACGGCGACGCCAGCGUCGUAGACGACGCCCCACGGCCGCAUUGCGAGCAGUGCGCCGCGAGGUAUGGCCGGGACUGCGGGCGCCUGUCGGGCUCUGACGCCGCGGCGGUCACCGCGAGCCUCGGCAUGCCGCUGUCAUCGUCGACGUCGGUGUGCGGCGUCUGCGAGGCGAUGGGGGUGAUGGAGGAGGUGGCGUGGGGCAGCAAGGAGGCCGGGGAGGCGGAACUGCGGGAGGCAUUCGGGGUGUUCGACCGGGACGGCGACGGGUACGUGUCCGCGGCGGAGCUGUGGGGCGUGCUCCGGAGGCUCGGCAUGGUCGAGGGCGCUAGAUACGAGGACUGCGCCGCCAUGGUCGCCGCCGCGGCCGCACGCCACGGCGACGCCGGCGGCGGCAGGGUCGGAUUCCGCGAGUUCAGGGCCAUGAUGGAGCACGCGGUUUGAUCAACAGACGGGCCGAUCGGGUCCGUCCGUGGCUUGCAUGGCUAGUUGACUACUCCACUAUUAAACAACAUUGGUAGUACCGUACGUCUUUCAGUUCUGUUCAUACUUCAGCGUGUGUUCGUGUAGGCGUGUAGCUUUUGGGUCGUCCAGCAAAACCCAAUUGCGUUCGAGACUUUACUAUUGCCAUUAGUAUUUUGAAUGAAUAAUAAGAUGUGUACAGGCUUCCGAUUGUUAAUUUCACGAACCGAGAAUGCAUGCAAUUAGCUGCAGCGUUGAACUGGUGGGCGUGCAGCUGGCUUAGCUUACCAGCGGUCAUGCAUUUUCCUUGGCAGUUGGCAUACAACUGACGAGGUAUUUGUUGCUAUUCACUACUUCCUCCGUUUGGAAAUGUAAGAUGCUGAAAUAUUUUCUUUGCUUCACCCA